ACCCCCAACAGAAUCGUCGAGUGCUCGUUCGAGGAGAUCGGGCAAUUGGAGGCAGACGAGCACGUGUUUAUUCUCGUGCGGGGAACCUUCAUAAGAAGCUCCCAGCCCUCGAAGGGAGUGCAGACUCUGUUCCUGCACAACGGGAGAAAGCGUCUCUCAGUCACUCUCUUCGGAGAGGCUGAAUCCUUCAAAAAGGGCCAGGAAAUUGAAGCCUUCGGAAGAGUCGAAGAGAAAAGGGGAUGUUCUCGAUUCGUCUGCUACGCUGUAAAGAGCAGAAAAUAA